GUUACAACUGCUUUCUUUUAAAAAACGUUUCCACAGCCUUAUGUUUCUUCAAGCUUUAGUGCACUGUUUAUUUCGUUGUUGUAAUGAAAAUCUCCGCUAUGAGGAUGCCUUUUCUUGCUCUGUGUUUGUCUCUGUGUCUUGUUCUUUCGAGUUUCCAUGGCGUUUCUUGUCAGGAUGAUGUUGCUGCUAGUAGGUUGAGUCAUCUGGAUCUAAUCGAACGUGAAUACCAAGAUAGUGUCAAAACUCUUCAAGGCAAGGAAGAUCAGUCUGCAAGUGUUCAGAGUGAGAACCAGAAGAACACUACAGUGACUGAUAAGAACACUAUUUCUCUGUCUCUGUCAGAAGAAUCUGAGGGUGCUACUUUCAGUGAUUCAGUUGAUAACUCAACCCAGGUUGGAGUUGUGAGUGAUGAAAGUGUUAAACGUUCGAGUCUGUUGGAUGAAAUAGAACUUGAAUUUGAAGCUCAUCUCAAUGGUCUUAACCAAGAUGUAGCAGGUGAUGUUAAGGCUGAAUCCAAAGAUGAUGAAGAAUUGUCUGCUCAGAGACAAAAGAUGUUGGAAGACAUCGAACGCGAUUUUGAAGCUGCUUCAGCAAGUCUGAAACAAAUAAAGAGUGAUGAACUAAGUGAAGGAAAUGAUGAGGAACAAUCGGCAAAGAGACAAAGUUUGCUGGAAGAGAUUGAACGCGAAUUCGAAACCGCAACAAAAGAUCUUGAACAACUAAAGGUUAAUGACUUCACUGAGGACAAAUAUGAUGAAGAACAAUCUGCAAAGAGAAAAAGCAUGCUUGAAGCUAUUGAACGCGAGUUUGAAGCUGCUGUUGAAGGUCUUGAAGAGCUAAAGGUUUCUGAUACUACUGGAGAAGAAGAAUCUGCAAAGAGACUGGGUAUGUUGGAAGAGAUUGAACGUGAAUUCGAAGCUGCUACAAAAAGUCUUGAACAACUCAAGGUUAAUGAUUCAACCGGGAACAAAGUUGAAGAAGAACAAGCUGUAAAGAGACAAAGUAUGUUAGAAGAGAUCGAACGCGAUUUCCAAGCUGCUACAGAGAGCCUUAAGCAACUUCAAGUUGAUGGUUCCAGUGAAGACACAGAACAAACUGCAAAGAGGCAAAGUAUGUUGGAUGAGAUUGAACGUGAAUUUGAAGCUGCUACACGUGAUCUUAAACAACUAAAUGAUUUCACUGAAGGAGAUGCUGAUGAUGAACUAUCUGCAAAGAGAGACAGUGUGUUGGAAGAAAUGGAACGUGAAUUCGAAGCUGCUACAAAAAAACUAAGACUCAAUGGUUUCACUCAAGGCAAUGACAAUGAAAAAGAAUCUGCAAAGAGAAAGAGUAUGCUUGAAGAGAUCGAACGUGAAUUUGAAGCUGCUGUUGGAGGUCUUAAACAGAUCAAAGAUGGUGAUUCCAAGAACACUGAAGAACAAUCUAAGAGAAAUAUAGUGUUGGAAGAGAUCGAACGCGAAUUCGAAGAAGCUCGAAGUGGCUUUACCUCAAAUGCUAAUAAAGAAGGAUCUGCAAAGAAACAGAGUGGUUCAAUUACAUUAGAGUCUCUUGGAGUAGCACAGUCAGGUGUAUGUGGCUGUUUUAAUCAAGACAAAGCUGGUUUAAAGCCAGAUGAAGAAGCUUCAAUCGCUAUAUCAACAAAAUAUAGCAUAGAAGAGAUCCUCUCUGAAGAAUCUUCACUCCAGGGGACAGAGACUUCUUCUAGUCUCACUAAGUCUUUGACUCAACUAGUUGAGAAUCACAGGAAAGAAAAGGAAUCUCACAGUGCACACAGAGUUCUCACCUCAUCCACAAGUGAAUCAGCAUCCACAUCAGAGACUGUAGAGAGCCUUAGAGCAAAACUGAAAGAGCUUAGUGUCUUAACCGCUAGUCAGCUCGUGGCACGUCAAGACUUUGAUAGCAUUCUCGUUAUGGCUGCAACUUUCGAAGAGCUAAGCUCAGCUCCCAUCAGUUACAUUUCCAGGUUAGCUAAAUACAGAAACGUCAUAAAAGAAGGGCUUGAAGCUUCUGAGAGAGUCCACAUGGCAAAGGCAAGAGCCACAAUGCUCAAAGAGACUGCUAAGGAGAAGCAGAUCUUCGUGGACGCUAACUUCAAGGAAGCUAAAAAGCUUGCUCAAAGAGGAGACGCAUUGUACGUUAAAAUCUUUGCGAUCAAGAAACUGUUGAAGAAGCUUGAAACUGAGAGAGAAUCUGUUGAUGGAAAGUUUAAGGAGAUUGUGAAAGGUCUUUCUCAUCUUCUUGUUGAUUCUUCUGAGGCCUAUGAGGAGUAUCAUGGAGCUGUAAGGAAGGCUAAAGACGAGCAAGCUGCUGAGGAGUUUGCUAGAGAGGCAACGGAGAGUGCACAGAUCAUAUGGGUUAAGUUUCUUAGUUCUCUUUAGAGAACAGUUGAGAUUCUUGGUUGUCUUUAAAGCAAGUCUUGAGCUCUUGUUGGUUAUUGUUCUGUAUUUUCUGUUUAUGUUCUGUUUCAGACUUUGUGUGUUGGUUAUAUCAGGUGAGAGAGAUUGGGAGGUAGAGAGGGGAAAACAAAUAAUGUUUCAUUUCUGAUUUCUAAUAAAAUAAGCUUCCAAUAAUUCAUAAAUGUUGU